ACAACACAAGGAAUCCUUUCACCUCGAGGCAAUUGGGUGCAAUGGGAAAGACAGGACCAGAGAGUGAUGCUCAUCGUUGAAGUAAAACACCCAUCAGACUACGAACUUCUAAUCAGUGUGCUGUUCUAUUAAUUCACAAGAAAUGACGAGUUUCGUAAAAGGCUUCUCUAGUUGAAUCGCGGUCGAUAAUUGGUGCUAAUAUCUUCCGAAAAGGUCCAGCGUUGGCAUCUCCUCGUUGAGGAGAAAGAGGUCGCACGUGUAGAGGAGGAGAGGAAGAGAUGGCGGGGCUGCUAGCUUGGGCAGCAGACGUGGUAGGAGGGAAUGCCGGUGGGAUUAACGAUGAGGAGUUUCCAUCGCCGAGGGCAGUGGUGUUCUCGCCCGAGCAAGAGGCGUACGUGAGGGAGAGGGAGGCUAAAGCCAGGGAGCUGCGGAGGAGCAUCGAGCAAUUGAGGGCCAGGCUGCCUCCUCCCCACAUUUCACAGCGUCUUCCCCACCUACACGCCCACUCCGUCGCGUCCAACGCCGCCCUUGCUCUCCAAGUCGACGCCCACUCAGCCACCCGCCAAGAGGCACAGUUAAGGGAAGCAUCACUGCAAGAGGAAAAUGCUGCUUAUGAGAAGGCUAUAUCAAAUGGUCAGAAGCAAAUUCAGGAGAAAAUGCAAGAAGCAAGUAUCUUGGAGAAUAAACUAAAGGAAAUGGAAUCUUCCGAAGGUACUUUCAGAGAUGAAUUGGACAAGCUGCAAGCUACAUGGGAGAAUAGGCGAUCUGCAGAAGUGGUAGAAGUAGAAGCCAAUUCGGUAGCCAUAGAGGGAACUGAUCUUGCUGGUGCAUCUUCUGCAGGCGAUUUAGAGAAGAAGAAAAUUGAGUUGAAAUCACUUGAGGAACAAAUCCAUAACUUGGAAAACUCGUGGUCUGAACUUCAACGAGAUUCACUUAGGCAGCCUUCACCAGCACAAAGGGAGAAGCUGUUAGAGAAGCAACUUCAUAGCCUGUUGGAACAGCUGGCGACAAAACAAGCUCAAGCAGAGGAAUUGACUGUGGAAAUUCAUGCCAAAGAACUUGAGUUGGAGAAACUGAACGCUGUGCAGCUGAAGCUAGAUUAUGCAAGUAUGGAAACUAACAUGACGAGAAAUAGAAUGGGAAGAUUUGGUUCUCUAGCUUCUGGUCCCAUGCAUGAUAGGCCCGGCUAUGGAAGAGACCAUCUUAAUUUAUCGGGGCUUGUGGGUGACCCCACUGGUUCACGCGUCAGAGGCCGCUCCCUGCCAAGCGGAAGGCAGCAGAAGCUCAUGCUAGCACGGUCGGCAUUUGUAUUAUACAUUUUAACCCUUCACUUGUUAGUUUUCAUCAAAAUUUCAUCUGUAACAUUAGGCAGGAGAUCUUGAUACUAAUACUUCGACCUAGCAUGCACAAUGAUUAUCCAUUGCAUAUCAUGAAAGUUGGUUUAUGAAUACACGCAAACAUUAGAUAA